GUUCUCAUCUCCGGGAUGUAAGUUGGAUUCUGUGGUCAGAUGGGUGAACUCGAUUUAGGUUUGGGGAUGGGAAAUUUUGAACAGGAGUUUUGGCGUGGGUGAAAGGAAUCGGCUCGCACGAGAUCAGUGGCUCCCCCUUUCCGUGGCCUGCCUGCUUCGGCUCUCGGCUAUAAAUACCGAGGGGGUCGGGGUCGCUACCACCGUCGCGCUGAAGCACCGCCUGUUGUUUUGCCUUCCCCUUCCCGUCUCGUUUACCAAGGCGUUGCCGGAUCGAGACAGAGAGAUCGUAACGCUUCUUCCUGGACUUCGAAAUCGUGUUCUGCAGCUAGCUAGCUUCCUUCUGUAACCAGCACAAGGUCUCCGAGUGCGGAUGGAGGAGGUUGACGGCAUUCCCCGAGCCUACAUCCACCGUGCUUGCUCCGGUAAGGAGAAACCCGAGGAGAAAGACUUGUCGACGAAGAGCGGCAUCUCAGACGAUGCUGCUUCCCCUGCAUCGUCCAUGAACGGCUGCUUUGACUGCAACAUCUGUUUGGACUUUGUGGUCGAUCCGGUCGUCACGCUCUGCGGUCAUCUCUAUUGUUGGCCUUGCAUCUACAAGUGGAUGCAGGUGGAGAGCAUGUCCCCGAGGCAGUGCCCUGUCUGCAAGGCCUCCCUCUCCCAGGACACCCUCGUCCCGCUCUAUGGCCGCGGAGGACAAAGCCCCGUGGCGGAUUCCGAGGUUCCACAUCGGCCGACCCUUCACCGUGAUCAUGCGGUGUUUACCUCGGUGGUCGACCACCGUCCCCGCGGCACGGAAGAUGCGGCGUACGUUGACCGAUAUCAACCAACGCAGCAGCCUCAGUUUCGCCGCCACCAACACGAUUACUCCGGUUAUGCGAGUCUUCUCGGUACCAGUUAUACGUCAGGAGGCUCUUCUUCGCUACUGUUCGCGCCGUUGUUCCGUUCGACGGCUGGAGGCGUGCUCGGUGGCUUAGCUAUUCUCCCAUGGGCGCAAAGGAAUCAUGGAAUGAACACGUACUACGCAAGCCCGUAUCCUUUCGCAUCGGGUAGCAACAAUCCGAGGCUGCUUAGGCAUCAGAUGCAAGUGGAGAGCUCCCUGCAUCAGAUAUGUCUCUUCCUCUUCUUCUGUGCUCUGUUGUGUCUUCUCUUGUUCUGACGUUGAAGCUACUUUUUCCUCAUACAUGUACAUAAGUUAAUAAUACAAGUUCUUCUGCUUGUUGAUCGCGCACACAUGUCACAAGGUCAAUGGUUGUUCAUGCUGAAAUGUGUCAACUUCUUUGUGGUCGGUCAAAGAAGCCGCGUGACGCUCUCUCUUGUUGGGUGACUUUAACACUGUAGAAGUCGUUACUCGCAGUAGAAUUCUGUGUCUUCGAUCACGAACAUCUAAGUACGUGUCACAAUGCAAAUAUAUUAAUAUUAAGUAACCUUUUACAUGUCGCAGAAAGGAAUAACAAAAACAAAUAAUUUGCAUCAAAUUUCCAUCCGAGAAGACAUCAGGUCUUUGAUGGACGGUCCAGAUCCCUCAACACCGUGAUGAACGAUCGAUGACUCGAAUCUGGAGAUCCAUCGCCGCCAUCGCAGCAUCCACGCCGGCGACUUUCCGAUCCCCUCUUCGUGCUUCAUACGGGAGCAGUAAAUUUUCCAACAGUACACGUGCGGCUACUCGUCGCGAUACCUUGUCCGAUGGGCGAAGUUUCUUGUGGGAUCCACAAUCCGAAUGCAGGUAGAUGAUUGUCAGAGAGUACGCAUACCCUUCUCCGUGGUACAAGUUCGAUUUUGGGUGCUAGGGUUCUCUUCUUUUCAACUAUGGAUCGAUCGAGAAGAGGGAGGGUGGUGAAGAGUGGCCUGCGGUCGGUGCUGAAGCUGGUGAAUUCGGUGAUUGGUUUCGCGGGGAUGGGAAUGAUUCUUUACUCGCGCUGGAUGAUUCGGUCAUGGUACGAUCACAUUCGUGAUUCCUCCGAUUCCACGCCUCCAUGGUUUGCUACAUUUGGAGCUGAUGCAUUACAGUAAUUGUAAUUUCACUCUGUUAAAUGCAUGUGGCUGAAGCAUUCAAUGAUUGGUAUACCGGGAAUAUGGGCAUUGGUUCAGCAUGGUUCGAAAUGUGCCCAUUGUUGGCAUCCUCUUUGUUGACAUCAGGCAUCAUGGCCAGCAUGGUGAAAUUCAUGUUGCUAAAAGAUUCUCCUUCACAAUGUCAAUCAGUGAAACACCUUGUCAAUUACCAAGUCUCUGCUCUCCAGAAAAAUAUUUUCUGUGGCAUUCCUCGCUCACUGGCACUUGAACCGUCUGAUGCAUCGCAGGAAACUCAGGAUUAAGAUGACAGCGGAGCAACAAGAGAAGCGGUCGUCAUCGUCAUCCGUCCGACACACUGAGCUGAUCGGUCAGCAAUUGCAAAGACGUGGCACUCCGCACGCAGAAUGCCCCCUCACCUGUGGGCCGUGACGUGGAGUUCCGUCAUCGGAUAAGCGCCCGCCGCGCAUGCGCGCGUGUCGACAGUUCGGCGGAGGGCAUCGUGUCGCCGCGGCACAGAAGUCAUCGCACCUUCGUCUCAUAUAACUGCAUCACCGUCCUCAUCUCGAACUCCACUUAAAUCCUUUCAUCCUCUCGCUCUCUCCGGCUGCUAUUAAUCAUUAAAGAUGUUGGCCGUGUUCCACGAGACCCUCGCGCGCCCCCCGCAGGAGCUCAGCUGCCCUGAGUCCACCACCGGCUUCCCUCCCAAACCUGGUUACCGCCGGCGUCAUCCCAAGAACCCCGACGAGAUCCUCAGGGAUUUCCUCUCCUCCCACCCUGCCCACUCCUUCUGCGCCACCUUCAGUGGCGGCGCAGCCCUGGCCUGCCUCGACCCCCAAGCCCCCCCUCCCUCCCUCCUCUGCCAGAGGUUCUUCUGUAGCUUUGACGAGGUGUACUGCAUGUUCGUGGGGAGCAUCAGCAACCUGAGCUCCCUCGUCAGGGAGUACGGGCUCUGCGGCAAGAUGUCCAACGAGGCGCUGCUGGUGAUCGAGGCCUACCGCACGCUGCGCGACCGCGGGCCGUACCCCGCUGACAAGGUCGUCAAGGACCUCGCCGGCAGCUUCGCCUUCGUCGUCUACGAUAACAUGACCGGCGCCGUCUUCGCCGCUCUGAGCGCGGACGGGGGCGUGCCACUGUACUGGGGCAUCGCUGCGGAUGGCUCCGUGGUGAUCGGUGAUGAUGUGGAGAUCAUGAAGGGAAGCUGCGCCAAGUCUUACGCUCCAUUCCCCACUGGGUGCAUGUUUCAUAGCGAGGGAGGGUUAAGGAGCUUUGAGCAUCCGAUGAACAGGAUGAAGGCAAUGCCGAGGGUGGACAGCGAGGGGGCGCUGUGCGGCGCCAGCUUCAUGGUCGACGCCUCCUCCAAGAUCGCCGCCAUCCCCCGGGUGGGCAGCGCCGUCAACUGGGCCUCCUCCUGGGCUUUGUGUAUCUAACUGGAAUCGGCGCUGUUCGUCUGUGUAAAUAAAAAAAAAUACAGUGUAUUACUCCAAAAUCUCGUGUACAAAAAAUGUACCAUAUACACAUAUUUUACAUGAUCAAACAGAUGCUUAAUCAUUUGCCUCGA